AUGAAAUCUCGUGAACGGCGUCGUAAGCGGGAACGUGAGUGCAUGUCACCUGUUCUCUUGGCUCUUAUCGCUCGCAUCUCCCCACGUGAUGACCCUUCGGCACCGCUACGUUAUUUGAAGACUUUUGCAACGUCUCAGUCAGCUCAAGGCAACGAUGAUAAAGUGAGAGAAAAUAAUAAUAAUAAUAAUAAUAAUAAUAAUAAUAAUAAUAAUAAUAAUAAUAAUAAUAAUAAUAAUAAUAAUGAGGAUGUUUUUGUUAUUGCCGGUGAGGGGCUAAAACGUCUUUGUACGGAACUUGGGGAGGGUGUAUGUAGCAAGGACCUUUUGUCUAUUGUUCGCCGUGUGCCCCGUAGUCAGUCAACGGAGUGGAGCAUUGAUGUUACUGAAAUGUGUUUCGCCAUUGGUCAAGCUAUGGCUCCAGUUAAUGUACAUGAACGUCGGCGAAAUGUUGGAAGUACGGCACCUAUUGAUGAAAGUGCCCCACUACUAAGAUAUUAUAAAGGUGAUCGUUUCGCCGAUCUUAUUAGGUGUAACAAUUCUGAAGUUGCAGAAGAAGAAUGGAAACAGUUUGUUAAAUGCCUUUCUUCUCCACUUCCAAUGACAUUGCGUGUUCACCGAAGCGAGACCGUAUUACAAUAUAUUGCUAAUCAAUUCUUGCAGCAUGACACAAAGUUGCGUGAAGUUUUGCAACCUGUUUCACCUUUUUUGCCUUCUUGUAGUGGUCUUUAUGGAUGUUCACAUUCUGCUUACCACGCAGAUCCUCGAUUAGAGUAUAUUUGUCGAACUCUUCAUGCAGCAAGCGCGGUGUCUUUUCAAGAAGCUGUAUCUACUCUUCCAGUUAUCGUUGCAGGUAUUUCUCCGAAUCACACAGUACUUGAUAUGUGUGCAGCUCCAGGAAGUAAAACACUUCAAGCACUUGAUGAAAUGUUGAAAUAUGGAUGGUCUAAAUCAGGUGUUACACAAGGGGUACUUGUAGUAAAUGAAAAAGAUCGUGUAAAGGCUACUCAAAUUCUCCCAGCUCGUUUAAAAAAAUAUCAUGCUCCUAACGCAAUAUGUAUGCGAUGUGAUGCUGUUCAAUGGCCUCGAUUAUUUUUUCCAUCUAGUAAUAAAGAAAGUUCUUUUACUGAGAAACGAUUUGAUCGUAUUAUUUGUGAUGUUCCAUGUAGUGGUGAUGGUACAUUGCGUAAAGAACCAGCGUCUGCAAGUUCUUGGAGUUCUGGAUACGUUAAAUCACUUGUCUCUACACAGAAAGCAUUACUACGACGUGGUUUGGAUUUACUAAAAGAGGAUGGUAUUCUUGUAUAUAGUACCUGUAGUUUAAAUCCAAAAGAAGAUGAAGAGGUUGUUUGUGCAGGAUUAGAACUUUUUGGAGAUGCGGUAGAACUUAUUGAUGUGAACGAUAUUUUAAAAAAGUAUGGAGCAGUACUUCGAUCUUCUGGUGGUAUUAUUUCACCUAAUGUAGAUCAGUUACAAUCAGGAAAGAUUCCAGAAACUUACGAUGCUCAAAAAGUUUUACGAGUAUUACCUCAUCAUGAUAAUACAGGAGGUUUUUUUAUCGCUGCUUUUCGUAAACGAUCAAUGCCAGAUUGGGCUCCACCUUUAAGGUUACAAGAGAAACUUAAUCAAUGGACAAAGGGUAAACUCUGGGCACCUGUAGGUAAGGAAGAUUCAGUAUGGAAAAAUAUUUCAGAUUUUUACCAUUUUGAUAUCAAUUCAAGUGAUGAUUUUUAUUACUUUACUAAUGAGAAACAGGAAACUGAAAAUUCAACAAUAGAGCGUGGUCUUGUCCCAGUUUAUCACUUAAAUCCGAAUGGAAGCCCUUGUCGACGAAUAGUUCUAGUAACUAUCGCUGCUGCACGUAUGCUUUUUGAAACCCGACCUUAUAAAGGUCCUGGUGUAGAGAUUGUUUCUGUUGGUGUUCGUGCCUUUGAAGCAUAUGAUGGAAACUAUCUGGCAGAUGCACCGUGUCGUUGGCGGGCUGUAGUGGAAUCUGCAUCUUAUCUUGCUCCACUCAUGCGAGCGCGGAAGAUGAUAGUAGAUGCCACACAACACCCGGAUUUAUUACAUGAAUUACUUUUAAAAGGGUCCGUGCGGUUACAGGAUCACUGGCGUGUACUUUUACACCAGGCUCCUGAGGCUGCAACUGGAACCUCAGAAGUUGAGGUGUCCGACAAUGCAACAAAUAGCAAUACACCUUUUUUUGUUCGUACCCCUGGUCAGCUUAGUGAUAUUCUCACUUCAACUGAGUGGAAGGAACCAUCUAGCGAAGAAUUUCAGAAGAUUUUAAAUGAAAAUGUUGUCGUUGGGGGUGUUCUUCUUGGUCUUGUGGGCGGUAAACUGGCAGGUUGUGAAAGUCCGUGGUGGCUUAGUGCAACCCUUAGUUGUACAAAGCUUGAAUUGGCCGUUGACGCUUCGUUGCGUGCAUUUGGCCUUCUCGCAUUUUUGGGUGUUGAUUCAAAUAAGAUGUCUUAG